AUGGACUACAUGGAGCUGGACGACUACCCUCCAGCGACUCGCAGUCCACCACGUACACCACCCCCUCAGCAGUCCGCGGCGGCCGCACCGCGUCCCUCCACCCCCUCCCCAGCAGAAGCUCGCUGGUCACCUCCGCGCACCCGCACCCCGGACAAAUACGACCAGCACCACGUCUUCGAAACCAAUGGCGGAAAGCGCACAUACGACGAAUUCCAGGAACAGCAACGCGAACUAGCUCCAGGCCAACACAAGAGCGUCCACUUCAGUCCCCCACGCAACAAAAUCCCCGUCUAUCAACGUCAAUCCAAAUCGCUCUUGAAGCAGCGCAUGCUACCCUACAGUGCACACCACUGCACUGACCGGCCGAGGAAGACGCCUGAUUACCGGGUGCGGGGACCGGUCGUACCGCCACCCAGUGAGCGUCAACAAGUCUACCAGGAGGCUCAUGACGAGCACCUCAGAAGGUAAAUGUGUCCCCGCGUCCUACUCUAAUACUUUGGCUAACUUCUCAAACAAUAGAAAGCAGCUGUUGCAGCGACCACUACGCCAAUCCAAGCCCACGCACCCAACACACGGCUACCACAGCUACAAAAGUCCCAGCGGCAUUGAGAAACAGCCCACUCGCAAGGAGACUGCAGAGCUGCUCUCCAAAUUCUCAUCCCAACUCUCACGCUCUCACUCACGCUCACGAAAGCCUGAUCUUUCAAUCGACCUCAGCGCUCCCAAGCUCUUUCCACCUAGAGCCAUCAGUCUGCAGCCGACCUCAUCAUCGCAGCGGGAUUCGCCAUCGAGAUCAACCUCGCCAUCUCUGCCGGAGUCACCAUCCUUUCUGGAAACAUCAUCGGAGCGUCCGAUUCUCCAGCCAAGACUGAGACGGUCCCCUCCGAGGCCCACCGCCACUCAGUUGUAUCCCGAUCUGGCACUAGACUUCACCCAACCACCAGAGCAGCCUGAACAGACAGCGGUGCGCAAGAUCGGUGGAAUCCUUGUCGCUGGCUGGCAGUAUUGGUAUCAGUGGGUAGUGCAGCCCCUCUACAACGUCUUCAUCCUACGAAAAGACGCAAAGGAACGCGAGCUUGUUGCUGUCGAAACAGACACUACUGGACGCAAGCGCCGCGCGAUCGCGAUAGAAGACCUGGAAGACCUGGAAGACCUGAUUCGAAGCACGCCAUCGCCACAGCCAGGAGACGCCAUCAUGCCGGGUGAUUUCCUAGCUCUGCCCUCGACAGAGGACACUCAAGUGCAGCAGGCUACGGCCGAUGCAGAGCAAACGCUUGACACUCCGCCAGACUCCCGACCUGGCUCAAGUGACUCAGAUGCCACAACCGACGGGCCCAAUAGGCCAAACGAGAGCACCCUGCCGGGCUCUGCCGCAACUGCACAGGCUGAUGAGAGCUGUGAGACACAGGAAGAGAAGGAAGCUCGGCUCGAAGAGCAAGCUCGACGUGAAAAGGAUCUAGCGAAGCGCCGCGACUGGAACAGCCGCAUUCCGAAAAUCAGUGAGGAGGCAUGGCGAGCCAAGACCCCUGCAGAUUUCAAAGCAGCGCGCGUGAAAGAUCUCGCUCUGCCAUUUAAUCCAUGGACUAUGGAUUACACCAAGGAGCCCGUUCCCCGAAAUGAGUGGGAACCCGACUGGACUGAUGCAGAGCGCGAGGGAAAGAAGCGCAACCCUAACCGGCCCUCUGACGCCGAACUUGUGCAGCGGGCCAAUGACGCCAAGCGAAGACUGCUCGAGGAGCAGAUGCAGCGCCAGGCACGCAACCUAGAGAACAAGCGCGUUGCCCGUCUCCAGGAGGAAGACCAUGGUCACAGAGCCGAGAAUCCCUACACAACGUCUGCAUUACUCGCCAAGGCCGAUCGGAUGGCGAAGCGGGACCGGAAGGGAGAUGUUCUUGCAGAAGCCGAGGAAGCAUCUGUCCCUGCAGCAUCUACCCAUGGAGCCCACGACAGCCAUGUCCGGGAGGCGCAGGAGAUUGUCGCAGGGGAGACGGAGAAGCUCAAGAAGCAGGCACAGAAAGAGGCCGAAGAGGAGUCGCGACAACGCAAGGAGGCACAAGAGAAAGAGCGCAAGGCUGCAGAAAAGGCAGCGGAAGUCUUUGAGGAGGUCGACUUUAAAGACAAAAUCGUCAAGACGCUCAGUGAGAAGUGGGAGGAUGAGGUCUCGAAAGUGAUGCAGAUCACAGAUCGCACACGUGUCGUCGCGAAGACCCCCGAUGGUGCGGAAAUCACCCGAUACACCCUGGGCAAGAUCCUGCCGCAGGUCGACAAGAAGGGCAAGUCUCUGGAAUCCCUCAACAAACUCGGCGAGGCCGGUGCGCCAUCAAACUGGCUCGACGAUGAGGCGGUCGUUGGCUUGUUGACGAUGAUUGUCACACGCAACAAAGAGCAGACCGGCUUCAAAGGCAAGAACGAUGAAAUUCCAGAGAUGGCGCGUUUCCACUCCGGAUGGUAUACCAACGUCAAGACCAAAGGCAUCCAGAGCGUAAAGACCUGGUCCAGACGACAGAAGGUGUCCGGCAAGAAGUUGCUGGGAGCGAAGAAGAUUUUCUUCCCCAUCAACACCGGCUGCCACUGGAUGCUCCUCGUCGUCAAACCACAGGAGCGGCGAAUCGAGAUGCUCGACAGUCUGAACGGCCAAAACCAAGCGAUACUUGGAUAUGCGCGCCAAUGGCUCAAGAUGGAACUGGGCGAUGACUACGUCGCCGAUGAGUGGACUGAGCACGACAAGCUGUCGACUCAGCAGACGAACUACGACGACUGUGGCAUGUUCGUGUGCAUGAACGCUCUUGCGUGCGCCAGGGACAUUCCCUACUCUGAGUUGGAGGCAAAGCUGAUGCCCAAGGCUCGCAAGAUGCUGGUCGCACUCCUUAUCAAUGGAGGCUUCACCGGCGAAUUUGACCUUUAA